CGUUAGAGCGACGCCACCGCCAUCGCAGCUGUCGGAUCCCCCCUUCCCUCCCCUUCAACUGGCUUCUCCCAAAUCCCAAUCGUUUAUUUCCAUCUCGAUUGGCAAAUCGCAAUUCGCUCUCUCUCUCUCUCUCGACUCGCCUUUCGAUUCCAUCUCCUCCAUCCCAGAUUCCCACUGCCUCCUCUCCCAAUCUCGAGUUCAGAUCAUGUCUGCGGCGGUGGCGGUGCCGGCGGCUCGCAAGCGUCUGGCACCGGACCAAGAAGCACGCGCUGCUGCUGCUGACGCGAACAAGCGACCGCGGCACAGCGGUCCCCGGAGCAUCGACGAGUUCGAGCUCUUCGAGGUGCUCGGCGAGGGCGCCGAAGGCGUCGUGCGCAGGGGGCGCGACCGCCGCACUGGCAAGAUGGUGGCGCUCAAGUGGAUCGGCCGCCCCGACCGCCGCACGCUCGCCAUGGAGGCCGGCAGCCUCCACGCGUGCCGCGGCCACCCCUCCAUCAUCGGGAUCCAGGACGUCGCCGCCGACCCCAAGACCGGGGACGUCCACCUUGUGUUGGAGCUGGUCCACGGCGGGUCAAGCCUCCGCAACUCCAUGUGGAGGCCCUUGUCCGAGGAUGUGGUCCGCGAGAUGAUGCGGCAGCUCGUCAGCGCUGCCAAGAAGAUUCAUGGUGAGGGUUUCAUCCAUCGGGACAUGAAGCCAGAGAAUAUCCUAGUCUGCCCUUUCGGUGAGCUCAAAGUCUGUGAUUUUGGAUCGGCGACGCGACAGAAGCCCACCGGGAAGGCGUAUGAGGCCCACCCCGUCGGGACGCUGCAGUACAUCUCGCCGGAGCAGCAUGACGGCAAUUGGUGCUACGACUCGGCUGUGGAUAUGUGGGGCCUCGGAUGCAUCAUGGCAGAGCUUCUGAGUGGUGAAACUCUGUUCCAGGCGGAGACAGAGGCGGAGAUGCUUCACGAGAUGUCCGAGCUUCGAGAUCGCAUGCCCUCUGCAGCUAGAAAGCUUGAUCCGGAGUGCUGGGCAGAUCUAUCGGAGGAUGGGCGUUCUCUGCUGACGGGCCUGCUAGCCUUCUCCCCUGAGAAGAGGCUCAAAGCGUCCGAAGCGCUUGAGCACCCCUGGUUCAAGAACUUCAAGUCACCUUGGAUACAUAACAUUGUUUAGUUAUUAGAUGUUGCUUCCUUGCCAUUUAUUUAUUUGUUUGACCAAUCUUUGUAGCAGGAAUUGAUCAGUGUAAUAUUUGUUCAAUGCAAUAAAUAAAUGUCUCUUGUUGUCAGAGUAAUUGCAUUGAACAAAUAUUACACUGAUGUCUGUAAUAUUUGAUGUCUGUAAUAUUUGAUGUCAGACUUUGUUUUAUAAAAUGUCUCUUGUUAUCU